UCUGAGUACGCAUGCGCUGAGGAUAGUGUCCGGCUAGCGACCGAGCUCAGAGCGACCCUGGGAAACAGCGCCACCUUCUGGGCGGUUCGCCAUGCACGCUGCAGGAAUUCUCUAAGCAGCGUCCUUCGUGUAGACUUUGUGCUCCGGCCGACGUCAGGGCGCGGAGGGAGGAGGGAAAGGAGAUCGUCCUUUUGUUACUCUCCCCUCAGUGCUGUGCCGACCCCGAGCAGAGUUUCCUCCUGGCCGGAUCCAGCGAUGUACAGAAGGAGCUGCGGAUCAUGAAUAAGAGGCCAAGUUCCAGGGAAAGACAGUGCUUGUCCAGGCGCCCGUGCGUGUCUCUGUGCUCACGGGGAGGCGGCAUGGACCCUCUGCGGCUGCUGCUCCUGCUCUUGGUCACAGAGCUGUCCGGAGCCCACAACACCACAGUGCUCCAGGGUGUGGAGGGCCAGUCCCUGCGGGUCUCCUGUCCCUAUGACCCCGCAAAGCACUGGGGACGCCGCAAGGCCUGGUGCCGGCAGCCGCACGAAGAGGGCCUGUGCCAGCGUGUGGUCAGCACGCACAGCCUGUGGCUGCUGGCCUUCCUGCAGAGGCGCAACGGGAGCACGGCCAUUGCGGAUGACGCCCUGGGUGGCAUCCUCACCGUGACGCUGCGGAACCUCCAAGCCCAUGACGCUGGCCUCUACCAGUGCCAGGUCCUCCACGGCAGGGAGGCUGACACCCUCCACAAAGUGCUGGUGGAGGUGCUGAAAGACCCACUGACGCCACAGGAGGAGGAGGAGGGCGUCUGGGGCCUUGAAGACUCCGAGGUCUUUGGUGGUGCCCAGGUGGAGCAGAGCAUCUCCAGUCGCCCAGCAGAGAAGCCCUUCCUGCCCACUCCCAUCCUUCUCCUCCUGGCCUGCAUCUUCCUCAGCAAGCUUCUCAUUGCCGGUGGCCUGUGGUGUGUGACCCGGCGUGGGUGGAAGCUGGGGACACCUCUGGCCAGGGAGCUGGAUGGUGGCCACAACCCAGGACACAAGCUCCAGACCCUGACAGGACCAAGGGACGCAUGAGAGACGGGAACCCCAGCUGGGGCCUCCUGGCCUGUGCCUGUGCGCUGGCCCCUUGGCCACCGAGACUCCUGGGUCGGCUCUUCUCUGGCAAGAGGCCGCUCUGCCUGCAGCUGCUUCCCCCAAGCCCGUGUGCAUGCAUGUGUGUGCGUGUGUGUUCACCUGUGUCUCUGUGUGUGAGGUAGGAGUGGCUGCCUGUGCAUGCCUGGGCUUUGGACAUUAAACACACUCACAAACCAA